AUGCCUUCACGCACCCUACCAACGCUCACGCGGGCAGAAGUCGAGGCGCAUGCCAGCGACAAGUCCUGCUAUGUCACCAUCGGUCAGAACGUCUACGAUGUGACCGACUUCCUCGAUGGCCACCCCGGUGGUCCCGAGCUCAUCAUGGAGUACGCCGGCAAAGAUGUCACAGACAUUCUCAAGGAUGAUGUCUCCCAUAAGCACUCCGACUCUGCUUACGAGAUCCUCGACGAGUCUCUGGUGGGCUUCAUCAACGAGCAAGUCACGCCCUUGAUUCACCCUCGAACUGGCAUGAGCUGCGAGGAGGACUUGAGCAAGGACACGGACUUCGACAAGGAUUACAAGAGGCACAAAUUCAUCGACCUGAACAAGCCCAUGCUCAUGCAAGUCUGGAACAGCGGGUUCAGCAAGGAGUUUUACCUCGACCAAGUCCACCGCCCACGCCACUACAAGGGAGGCGCCAGCGCACCGUUAUUUGGCAACUUCCUGGAACCACUCAGCAAGACCCCGUGGUGGUUGGUGCCGAUGGUCUGGUUACCCCCAGUCGUCUACGGCACUUACAUCUCCCGUGAAGGGCUUGGCGGGUGGACGCAGGUUGCUACCUCCUGGGGGUUCGGUUUGUUUCUGUGGUCGCUCGUGGAAUAUAUUCUUCACCGUUUCCUUUUCCACCUCGACUACUAUCUUCCCGAUAACCGUGUAGGCCUCACGCUGCACUUCUUACUCCAUGGUGUCCACCACUACCUUCCCAUGGACAAGUACCGACUUGUCAUGCCGCCGACGCUGUUCGUUGUGUUGGCGACUCCUUUCUGGAAGCUUGCCCACGCCGUCUUCUAUUGGAACUGGCACAUGGCCACGGCUGUAUAUUGUGGCGGCAUCUUCGGUUACAUCUGCUACGACCUGACACACUACUUCUUACACCACCAAAACCUCCCUCUUUGGUACAAGGAGCUUAAAAAGUAUCAUCUCGCUCACCACUUCCUCGACUACGAGCUUGGCUUUGGCGUCACCAGCAAGUUCUGGGACCAAGUCUUCGGAACCGAGCUGGUUACACCCAUCAAGACUGCUUAG